UGGGGGGAGGGUCACGUGUGUACACACUGACUGCGGGCUCUCCCAGCUCGGUGUAGUAAAGUCUGAAACGGUCGGCCCCUUUUCCGCACACCGAGCCUCGUACGAAAAGUUGAUAGGUGAAAYGCGACCUAACGGAAACCCUUUACAACACUCAGUUUUGUUCGCCGAAUAUCUUGUUUUUAUUUUUACGCUCUCGCGGGAACCGGAGGGAGCACUUUAUUUUUUUUUAAAGAAGAAAAUUGUCUCCAAAUGAAGCGAGUGAGAAAUGCCCGUGGAAAUACUGCAUCCAGAUCCGAUGCCUCCGUAGGUUUGUCAUCGAUCCAAACCUAUACGUUUGUGCGGAUCUGUUGAAAGUGAUUGUCCGAGCCCAGCGAUGUGGAUCUGCGUUCUUCACAAUGACACGGACACCAGCAUGGACUUCCAGCUCUGCCAGGACUUUGGCCUCAUCUUAUCGGUCCUCUCCCUCAUCUACCUCCUGGUGUGUUUCCCCUUGGGCCUGUGCUACAACGUGCUGCUGGUGGCGGUGAACCUCUCCAACAAGGUCUCCAUGACCAUGCCCGACGUCUACUUCGUCAACAUGGCCAUCGCGGGCCUCGUGCUCAACCUAGUGGCGCCGGUGGAGCUCCUCGGCUCCGAGUUCACACGCUGGUACGCGUGGGAGUACAACAACGAGAUCCACAUCACCCUGCUCAUCCUCUUCAACAUCUCCUCCCUGGUCGUCAUGUACUCCACCACGCUGCUCAGUCUGGACUACUACAUCGAGCGGGCGCUCCCCCGGACGUACAUGUCCAGCGUGUACAACACCAAACACGUGUGCGGGUUCAUUUGGGGAGGCGCCGUGCUGACGAGCUUCUCUUCGCUGCUUUUCUACGUGUGCAACCACAUCUCUACAAAGAUGGUAGAGUGCUCCAAAAUGCAGAACAAAGAGGCGGCAGACGCCAUCAUGAUCUUCAUUGGUUACGCCGUUCCGGCCGUCRCUGUGCUUUAUGCGUUUGGGCUCAUUUUACGCAUCAGAAAGGAGUCUACGCCUCUGGAUCAGGAUUCAGCUCGCCUGGAUCCGUCUAUACACAGGCUGCUGCUAGCCUCGGUCUGCGUGCAGUUUGUCCUGUGGACCCCAUACUACAUGACCCUGUUGGUGCAUACUGUAGCGGGUGCACCAGGGUAUAUUACCAGUGCACAUUACAUUCCUAUCUAUAGCUUCAUGAAGUGUAUAUCUAAACUGAUGGCUUUUUCCAGCAGCUUUGCGAUGCCGCUUAUGUACAGACGGAUGAACAAAAACUUUUCCGGCAAGCUUCAGCGGCUGCUCAGGAGGCUGCAUUGCAGGGAUCAGUCCUGCCCUCAUGAACGCUCAGUGGUGCAGCAAGUGGUGACGUGAAAUUUCUCCCAGGCCCGGCCRCCAGCACUUUGUUCCCCAUCCCAGUACCCCCACCACCACCCGCACAGAGCCCGCAUCUGACUGGGCUUCCUCACGGCUCUGGAUUGUGUGAGGAGCGACACUGCUGACUGUGGAAUUUCCUGUCCCUUUUCCAGAACUCGGAUCUGAUCUCUCUGUUUUCCCACAGAGAAAGAACAAAAAAUAAUAAUAAUAACCACACACACAAAGUGCUGCUUUUUUUUAAUCAUUAAGUAAAGCUCACCAUAAAGACUCUUGGGUAUCUGGUUUAAGGUGUUACCGUUAGUACAAUCAUCCAACACAGAAACAAUUACAAUUUUUUUUUCUCCAAGCAAUCUGGUAUUGUUGUAGAUGUGAGCUUGUUUUAUUAAUCUGAUUACAAGUUGCAUGCUUAUUUACGUUUCACCCUUGAGUGUCAAGAUACUGUGAUUUAAUAUUACAUCAUCAAAGAGAGACAGCAGGGAGGUUUUUUUCUCUUUCAAUAAGCUAUAAAUUUUAGUGAAGCCAAGCUGCUUUAAUUUUAAACAAAGCAUCAAUGUGUUGGCCAAAGCUCAUCAACAUUGUAUGUUAAUGUGUCAUAAUGGAUCUGCAGGUGAAUAUCACUUGUACGGCCACAUAAUCGCAGUCCCGUCCACAUGGGAGCAUUGUUUUUUUUACUAAGUUUCAGAGUGGAAAAAAGAAAGCCAUCUUUAAAUGCUCUUGCAGUUUGUGGAAAAAUGCAACCUUUAAAAAUGAUGAUGUCAUAUAACCACUUGAGACGUGAGAGAUCAUCAUCAUCUUUAUUUUGGUCYGUCGUAGGUGUGGAUGAAAACAUUUUUAGAAAUGGGGCUGUUUUURUGAAGWUGUUUUUAGAAACAACAAAA